AUGAUCGCUGAUGAAAAGAAGCAGAUGAACCUUAUUCAUGAGUUGUUCCGAGAGCUUUACGACGGAUCGCCCGAUGCACGCAUACUUUGCGCAGAAUCACGACUUGGAGAAUUAUUGGACGGUACCACGUUUGGAAACGGAUCGACUAUUCAUCGCUUGAAGGUCGUGAAAGGCGUCGUUUAUCGUGAAGACAUCGAAUGUGCUCGUUUGGUGGAAGACGAGUCGCGGGACGGUGAGCUCCAGGUGUUCUUCCUAAAACCGUUUAUGCGGAAUGCGAUUGCACUAUCGCCAACCUCCUUUUUCCAAUUGCUCAAGGCCACGAAAGCGCCACCAUCCUACUUCGAGGUCCUCAUGAACAAUAAUGGCGUCUACAACUCCUACGUUGUUCGUGGAUCGGAUAGUGUCCCUAAAGACUACUACUUAUUUGUCAAGUACCCUUUUGGCCCAUUCGCUAACGGGUCUUUCAUGCUUCAUCAUUGUUUCCCUUCAGGCAAAACGUCCGCGAUUGUGGAAGUGACAAAUGCACAGUUUCUUGCGGAAACGAUCUUUCAAACACUCUCGAGUUCUGAUUCCGGGGGUACGCCUUCAGCAUCAACACUACAUCCAUUCACUCCAUUUGCUUUGUUCGUCAACCAUCUCCGUUGUCUGAAUGAGGAUGAGCGCCAAGAUAUCGACAAAGCCAUCUGCCAUCUCGAAUCACGUUCAGGAGUAGCCUUACACACGUUCGGCUCUCGUUCCCGCGCGAGGAUCUCCGAGUUCGCUUUGCUGAAGAAAGAACUCCACAUGAAAGAAGCACUGAUGGCAAUGGCAAAUCACGUUUUCUCCUUUCAGGCCAGAAUGAUCGACUUUGCUGUCAAGGAGUGUGAGGCUUUCUCGGCGUUGGUGCCUAGAAGCAGCACGCGGCUCUCGAGUCACGCUGUGACUCGACAGAUGGACUUCGUGACUGCGUCUCUGGUACAAAACGGAAGCAUGGCGACAUGGACUCUGGAGCAGCUCCAAGCUUUGGGGAAGAGACUUCGUGUGCAAGCCAAAGUUGUCGAUGGCACCAUCACUGCCACCGACACAUUAACAAUGAUACGACUCGCUCAGAAUUCUCAAUCUGAUAGCAGCACUAUGAAAGCCAUCACCGUCCUCACUAUGGUGUUCUUGCCAGCAACAUUCGUGUGCUCUCUCUUCGGCAUGGGGUUCUUUGACUUCGAGACUUCGCCAAACGAAUCCAAGCUGCGGAUAGCCGAUCAAUUCUGGAUCUACUUUGUGGUUACAAUUCCGCUAACUGUCGUCGUGCUGGGUACUUGUGCUGCAUGGCUGAAAUGGAGCGGUCGAGAAAGAGAUAGCAUCGGCGACUUUCCAGUGAAAUGA